AGACUACAACUCCGGUGAUAAGGGAGAAGCAGAGUAAUCUCUGCAAGAUUAUUCCACCAAAAUCCCCAGACAGCCUCCAAAGAAUCCAAACCCCAUCAAAAUAAAAUCAGCGGCAACAGGUCAGUAAACUCUCUCUCUUUCAUUUCAUACUUUUUCAUGUAAUCUUUUUCACAAACAUCUUCACAUCAAAACCAUUUCCGCUGCAAUCCAAGAAAUUCAAAAACCAAAUACAUGGAUUCGAAGCUCCUCUUAUCUUCAUCAAAACCCUCCUCAUCUUCAACAUCUCUUCCCCUGUUCCUUUCACACCCAUCUUCCUCUUUCCUUGAAAAACCCGCCUUCUCCACAAAACCCCAUCUCUCUUUUCAAUCCAAACAAGCAGCAGAGAAAACCCUAUUUCUCGGCAAGUCCCUGUUUUUACAUCCCCACAAGCUUCAAUUCACCCAACAGAGAAAAACCCAUUUCCCGUUCCACCCUAUAACCGCUGUCGUCAAGAGACGGAAGGAGAUUCCCUUCGACAAUGUCAUUCAACGCGACAAGAAGCUGAAACUGGUGUUGAAAAUAAGGAGGAUUUUGUGCAGCCAACCUGAUAGGAUAAUGUCGCUUAGAGAGUUGGGUCGCUACAGAAGAGAGCUAGGCCUUACCCGGAAACGCAGAUUCAUCGCUCUCUUGAAGCGUUUCCCUGCCAUUUUUGAAAUUGUCGAGGAAGGUGUCUAUUCGCUCAAGUUCAAGCUGACCACCGAGGCCGAUCGGGUCUACUUGGAGGAGUUGCGGGUGCGGAAUGAAAUGGAAGGGUUGUUAGUCGAGAAGCUGAGGAAGCUGCUGAUGAUGUCUUUGGAGAAACGGAUUCUUUUGGAGAAGAUCGCCCAUUUGAGGACCGAUCUCGGGCUCCCAUUGGAAUUCCGAGACACAAUUUGCCAGCGAUACCCUCAGUAUUUUAAGGCGGUGCCCACCGAUCGGGGGCCCUUGCUGGAACUCACGCAUUGGGAUCCAGAGCUGGCCAUUUCAGCAGCCGAGAUGAGCGAAGAAGAGAACCGGGCGAGGGAGAUUGAAGAGAAGAAUUUGAUCAUAGAUAGGCCUCUUAAGUUCAAUAGAGUGAAGCUGCCAAGGGGCCUCAAUCUUUCAAAGGGAGAGAUGAGGCAGAUUUGCAAGUUUAGAGAUAUUCCUUAUAUAUCGCCAUAUUCAGAUUUCAGCGAACUGAAGGCAGGUACACCAGAGAAAGAGAAGCAUGCGUGCGGGGUUGUUCAUGAGAUUUUGAGCCUGACCGUUGAGAAGAGAACGUUGGUGGACCAUCUCACCCAUUUUAGAGAGGAGUUCAGGUUCUCUCAGCAGCUUCGGGGAAUGCUCAUCAGGCAUCCAGAUAUGUUCUACGUGUCGUUGAAAGGGGAUAGGGAUUCAGUUUUCCUGAGAGAAGCAUAUCGGGAUUCCCAUCUGGUUGAGAAGGAUAGGUUGUUGCUCAUCAAGGAGAAGUUACGAUCCCUUGUUGCUGUUCCCCAGUUCUCGAGAAGGGGCAUGCGUAGUACUGAUAAAGAUGGUGUUGGAAGUGACGGUGAUGACGGUUUUGAAGAGGGGAGUGGCCGGGAGGAGGGUGAUGAAUGGUCGGAUGUUGACAAUUCAUUAUCUGAUGGAUUAGGCGAGGAGUUUGAUGAUGACGAUGACGAAGACAAUGAUGAAGAUUAUGAGGAUGAUUGGAGUGAUAAUGACGAUGAGACGCUGCCAGAUUUUGAUGACGGCGGAAUCCUAGCCUCUGAACAAAGCAAACCAGUUAAACGUGUCGACGAGAAAUCAAAGGCUGAAGACAAAGUGCUUGUUCCUGUGUUCCCCGAUGGCAGACCGAGGGAGCGCUGGUGAGGGAUGUAAUCAAGCCUAAUAGAGGUUUUGUAAUCCUGCAUAACAAAAUCCAUACUUGCCGGGUAGUUCCUACGGGAAUAGGAGACAGGGAAUUAGCUCUUGCCUGUAACUUGCAUCUGGUUUUGUUAAGAAAGAACUGCAUCUCUGACCAUGCACCUUCCGUAGAAGAAAUUUCAA